AUGAACUUACUGAUUACAAGUUUACAACCUGAGAUUAUAUCGACAGCAUCGAUCAUGUUGCCUUCCCAUACACCUUCCCCUCAUAUUGCGCUCAUUCCAUCUGCCGGAAUGGGCCAUCUCACCCCUUUCCUCCGGCUAGCUUCGCUGCUUUUAUCUCGAAACUGUAAUGUCACUCUUGUUACUGCCAAAUCCACUGUGUCUAAUGCAGAAUCUGACCACAUCUCUUUCUUUCUAACCACACAUCCUCGAGUCAAGCAUCUUGAAUUCGAUGUUAUUCCUCUUCACUCCUCCAAUCCAUCUGCCCAAGAUCCUUUCUUGAUUCAAUAUAACGCUAUUAGCCGCUCUGCCCAUCUUCUCCAUCCUUUAUUGUCUUCCUCAUCUCCGCCUCUCUCUGCCAUCUUCUGUGAUUUGCUGGUAGCUAAAAGUGUUGCCCGUAUUUCUGCUGAUCUUCGUAUUCCUUACUAUCUAGUCAUCACCACCUCUGCUAGAUUUCUAUCUUUCAUGCUUCACCUUCCAGUUCUUGUGUCCAAUCCUGAUAAAUUCAAUAGUAGCAUUGUUCAAGUAGAGAUUCCAGGCUUGACUCCAUUUUCUAUAGCAAGUAUUCCUCUACCAUUCCUGAACCCAAAUCAUCUUCUUGCAGCAAGUAUAAUAGCAAAUGUCGGAGUUGUCCCAGAAGCCAAAGGAAUUAUGGUUAACACCUUUGACUGGUUCGAAGCUGAAACGAUUGCUGCUCUAAACAAUGGUAAAGUUUUAAGCAAUCUCCCUCCAGUUAUACCCAUCGGACCAGUACAAGCUUAUGAGCUUCAGAAGGACCAGAGCCCGUACCUGCUAUGGCUUGACGACCAACCAGAAAAAUCUGUAGUUUAUGUGAGUUUCGGAAGCAGGACAGCCAUGUCUAAUGAUCAAAUAAGAGAAUUGGGAUAUGGAUUAGACAAAAGUGGCUGUAGAUUCUUAUGGGUAGUUAAGACAACCAAAGUUGACAAAGAAGAUAAAGCAGGUUUGGAAGAGCUGCUGGGAGAGUCGUUUUUGGAAAGAAUAGAGAAUAGGGGGAUGGUGGUGAAGGGGUGGGUGAAUCAGGACAAGAUUCUAGCUCAUCCUGCUACCGGAGGGUUCAUAAGUCAUUGUGGAUGGAACUCUGUGACUGAAUCAGCUGAACGAGGAGUACCUGUAUUGGCAUGGCCUCUGCAUGGAGAUCAAAGGGUGAAUGCGGAAGUUUUGCAGAAGGCAGGGCUGGGAAUAAUGGAGAAGACAUGGGGUAUGGGGACUGAAAGGUUGGUGAAGCACGAAGAGAUAGGUAAAAAGAUUGUGGAGCUGAUGGAUGAUGCAGAGCUCAGGAACAGAGCCAAGAAGGUUGGGGAAGAAGCUAGGAAAUCUACUGAACUUGGAGGAAGUUCUGAUGAAGCCAUCAUGGAAAUCAUUGAAAAAUUAACCUGAAUUAUGGGUGAAGUUUGGAACCUUUAUCCCUUCCUGGUAUCAAUGUAUGAAGAGGUUCUUCCAAAUGAAUAAAAUAUUAGCAUUAGUUAAUUACUAGAAA